UUUGAAUGUGAUAUUUGCUGCAAGUCAUUCAAACGUUUCUACCACUUAAAAAGACAUCAUGCAGUGCAUACAGAGACUAAGACGUUUCGUUGUGAGUUGUGCGGCAAGCUAUUCAGCAGAAAGACCCACAUGAACAAGCACCUCAACAACCACAAGAUCAGGGGGGUAGAGGGCUUCAACUGCUACAUCUGCGGCGAGUCAUUUGAGAACAAUUCAAUCAUGAUGGCUCACAUCAGUACUGCGCACACGAACAUCGAGCACCAGAUCAAAGCGUGCACCUUCUGUCGUCUGGAGUUCAAAUCCACUGCCCAGCUUAGUAAUCAUCUAAAGUCAACUCAUCAUAAUUCUGAUGAACAUAAAAAUUUUUCUUGUGACAUUUGUGGCAAAUCAUACAAGAACCUUCGCAACCUCCUCCUUCACACAAAUUCACAUGGUCAGGAUGGUUGCACGGCUCUGAAAGAACACGAAUGUGAUCUCUGCGACGCCAAGUUCAGUACAAGACAUUCGAUGAAACGACACCGAAUGACUCAUGGAGACAACUAUCAGUACAAAUGUGACUUCUGCUGCGUCACAUACACCAGGAGAUACCUCCUAACUAAACAC